CAAAGCGCGUUAAAAGCCAGCUGCGCGUCUGACUCUCAAGACACGUGACGACACCAGCGUCCACGAGCAGCACGCAGACAUGAGUGGAGCACAAACAAGCACGAGGCAGGAGGCCUCAGGAAGACUGUGGGAUUCCGUGAAGAAAGCCGCCGUUGUCAUCGGAUCUGGAAUCUUGAUCCUGGCGGCGUUUGGUAAUUCGCUGACUUGGCAUCUUCAGAGGUUUUGGGGAGCCUCGGGAGACUUUUGGCAGAACUUGUGGACCAAACUCUACGUGAUGUAUGAGGGCCACAACGAGGCUUUAUUCUACAUGGGCACGUUGCUGGUGCCCGCGGUGGUGUUCUGGGCGUUCAACGGGCUGCUGCUAUUGGUGGACACCACCGGGAGGCCGUCCUUCAUCACUCGCUACCGCAUCCAAGUGGACAAGAACAACCCGGUGGACCCGGAGAAGCUGCGUCACGCUCUAAAGACGGUGCUGUUCAACCAGGUGUUCAUUUCCGUGCCCAUGGUGGUGGCCGCCUACCACCUGACCUGGUGGAGGGGAAAUCCGUGCGGCCCCGAGCUGCCCACCUUCCACUGGGCCCUCACCGAGCUGACCAUCUUCUCCAUCCUUGAGGAAGUUUUGUUUUACUAUUCUCACAGACUGUUCCACCAACCCAGCCUCUACAAGCGCUUCCACAAGCAGCACCACGAGUGGACCGCCCCCAUCGGCGUGGUCGCCACCUACGCUCACCCGCUGGAGUACGUGUUUUCCAACCUGCUGCCGGUGGUGAUGGGGCCCGUGCUGCUGGGCUCGCACGUGUCCAGCACGUGCAUGUGGUACUGCCUGGCGCUGGUCAGCACCACCAUCUCCCACUGCGGUUACCACCUGCCCUUCCUGCCCUCACCAGAAUACCACGACUUCCACCACCUCAGGUACAACCAGUGUUUCGGCGUGUUCGGCGUGCUGGACCGCCUCCACGGCACCGACGCCAAGUUCCGGCAGACCAAGCAGUACGAGCGCCACACCUUGCUCACCGGACUCACCCCGCUCACCGAGAGCAUCCCCGACACCCCCAAGAAGGGCCAGUGACUGCCCAACGCGUCACUUGAAGCCAUCUUAAUUCUUUUUUUUUUUUUGUAAAACCUGUUGAUCAGUUUUAGACUUUUUGUAACUUAAUUACGGUUUGCACUUUGUUUUUACUGACGGCCAUUCACAGUUUGGUUCUGGUAACUUCCUGUGAAAUCUGCCCACGACCGUGCCCCUUAGUAGCCCUGAGAGACACCACUGCUCUUAUCGUGUGGUGUGUAUUUAAAAUGACCAACACAGCACACCACAAUCAUGAGUUUACUCAACAGACCAGAUGUCUGUUGUUGUACCAAGACUGACCUGUGAGAGGCAACACAGUUCCACAGGGCCUCCAGACUGCUGUGAAAAGUAGAAAAUAGGCAGUUAUCGUAAAUAUUGAACAAGUUUAACAUUUACGAGUGCCCAACUAUUUUCAAAGCAGAUCAGGGAGGAAAAUUUUCACUGAACACACCCCACACCACUGGGAUACACUUUGAGACAACUGAUAAUCGGAAUUACCGACUUUAUCGGAAGGAAGGAAAAACGCUUAAGUUUGGCCCAUUUGUUAGCAUCUGUAUACCCCGCUUUAAGAUUUACGACAGUCAGCCCCAAUUGUUUUGCCUGCAGAUCAUUGAGGUUAAAUACCCCACACCACAAGAAUAAUUUACUCAGGAUAAUCUGAGACAUCCAACAAUCAGACCUUUACUGACUUUGAUUGAAGAAUGUGGCUCAAAUUGUCGGUAUGCACAAACUCCGCUUUAACAUUCCCGAUUGACAUCCGGUUUUCCAAGAUCGGGAAAAAAACUAUCAGUGUUAAUACACCCUACAAAAAAUGAUUUAGAGCCAUCCAAUCAGAACUUUGCAGACUUUGAUUGGAAGAGGUGGAAAAAAAAACCUCCAUGUACUUCAUGUGUAACCGUGUAGAAAUUGUAAUUAUAAUGAACCAUUUGCGUAUUUUAUGUUCACGUGUCCCAAACCAUUAAAAAAAUUGAUUGUAAUGAGAAA